CUCUUCCUGCGGCAGCCGCGCACUUGCAGCCAUGGCGCCUCGCCGGGAAGCCGCUCUGAUGCUGCUGCUCCUCGUCCUGCCGCUGGCGAGCGCGGGGCUGAGCGGCUACUUCGGCACCAAGUCCCGCUACGAGGAGGUGAACCCGCACCUGGUGAGCGACCCGCUGUCGCUGGGUCCCGGGGCGGGCGGGUCGCUGCCCGCCUCCUGCACUCCGCUGCAGCUCCGCGCCGUGCUCCGCCACGGCACCCGCUACCCCACGGCCGGGCAGAUCCGCCGGCUGGGCGAGCUGCACGGCCGGCUGCUCCGCCGGGCCGCGGGAGCCGCCGCCUGCCCCGCCGCCGCCGCCCUGGCCGAGUGGCCCAUGUGGUACGAGGAGAGCCUGGACGGGCGGCUGGCGCCGCAGGGCCGGCGCGACAUGGAGCAGCUGGCGCGGCGCAUGGCCGCCCGCUUCCCCGCGCUCUUCGCCGCCCGCCGCCGCCUGGCGCUGGCCAGCAGCUCCAAGCACCGCUGCCUGCAGAGCGGGGCCGCCUUCCGCCGCGGGCUCGGGCCCACCCUCGACUUCGGCGGCGACGAGGUGGAGGUUGAAGUUAACGACUCCCUGAUGCGGUUCUUUGAUCACUGUGCCAAGUUUGUGGUGCUGGUGGAGGAGAAUGACACGGCCAUGGGCCAGGUGAACGCCUUCAAAGAGGGGCCUGAGAUGAAGAAGGUCCUGGAGAAGGUGGCCAGUGCUUUAUGUUUACCAAUGGAGGAGCUAAAUGCAGAUCUUGUUCAAGUGGCUUUUCUCACCUGCUCCUAUGAGCUGGCCAUAAAAAAUGUGACUUCCCCAUGGUGUUCACUCUUCAGUGAAGAAGAUGCCAAGGUGCUGGAAUACCUGAAUGACCUGAAGCAGUACUGGAAGAGAGGAUAUGGCUACGACAUCAACAGUCGCUCCAGCUGCAUUUUAUUCCAGGAUAUCUUCCAGCACUUGGACAAAGCAGUGGAGGAGAGUAAAAGCUCCAAACCCAUUUCCUCACCUUUGAUUGUCCAAGUGGGGCACGCAGAGACCCUGCAGCCCCUGCUUGCCCUGAUGGGUUACUUCAAGGACAAGGAGCCCCUCCUGGCCACCAACUUCGCGCGGCAAGAACAGCGCAAGUUCCGCAGCGGCCGCAUCGUGCCCUACGCCGCCAACCUGGUGUUCGUGCUCUACCACUGCGACCACGUCAACGCCUCCCAGCAGGAGUACCAGGUGCAGCUGCUGCUCAAUGAGAGGCUGCUGCCCUUCUUGCACUCCAACGAGACCACCUCCACCUACACUGACCUCAAGGAUUACUACAAGGACAUCCUGGAGAACUGCCACUUCAAGGAGGAGUGUGAACUGCCCCAGCUCAACGUCACUGCCGUGGAUGAGCUGUGAGGGAAUGAAGUGUUCUGCACAUUGCUCUGGGCUCAGUUCCACAGCUGUUGGGAACAAGCACUUUGGAUGAUUUGCUGCUGCUGUGUUGACUUUCUAACCUUGCAGAUCUGGGGGGUUGUCUCAGCUCGGUGCGCUGGUUCUUUGUUGCAUAAGCACAACUGCUGUCACAGGGAAGUUGUAACAAAUGCGUGAUGCAAGACACAAAUACCUGUGUGUUUAUGUGUGCAAAUAAGCUGAUUUCAUUGGUCACUGCUGUUGUGAAUGGGCCACAGAUGGAUUUAAGAGCUGGGGCAGCUUCUAUUUUAUUGAAUCUGAAGGUGGUUGGACUGAUUCAGUGUUGCUUUCUGCUGCCUGUGUUUCUAGCUGCUGUUUUCCUGUGCCACGCAUGAAAUAUUUCAAACCUUUUUUUGAUCCUUUUCUCAAGCUUCUAGAAGGGAGAGGGUACAUAGUUCUUCUCCACAGCUGAACAACUUCUGUCUGGACAGCGCCAUUUCUAUUUUGGGCAUUUUAAAGCAGGAGGAGUUCCUGCAUGCAUCACCUGCUUGAAAAGGGACAAGGAAUUAAAAGUCUUAAGCUCAUCAUCAACCCAUCCUGCAUAGCAAGUUAGUCUCCAGGGUAAGUAAAUUAUCUUUAAAAAGAAGUAGGGGAAAAAAAAAAAAGAAAUAAAAGUGAGGGAGUGGAAAGUAGCCACUCUUCCUUUUAGGCGCUCUGGGAAAUGCAGCAGUUGUUUAAAUACUUUGGAGUGUCCUUUCAGUAACACCAUCCAUUUCUGGUGUUAUGUGGGCCAGGG